GUAUCCUGCUAACUAUGUUGUGCAAAACACAAACUUUGACUUCUUCAACUAUGCUGGUUUGCAUCGUCCUGUUCUACUGUAUACCACUCCUACGGCGUAUGUUGAUGACAUCACAGUGCUGACAUCCUUUGCUGACAACAUUGGGCUCAUCAGUUACCAGGUGUCAGUGCUGGGCAGUCUCAACUCCACGCUGAAGGUGACCCUGUCGGACAAAGAUGGCCACUCUGUGGCCUCCUCCACUGGACCGUCUGGGGUCCUCAAAGUGAUGGAAGUCAGCCUGUGGUGGCCGUAUCUAAUGCAUGAGAGCCCAGGAUAUCUGUAUUCUAUGGAGGUUCACAUGACGACAGCUAGCGAGGGUUCUGUCUGUGAGGAUGUCUAUGCUCUGCCUGUGGGAAUCCGCACUGUUCAGGUCACCAACACACAGUUUCUCAUCAACAGCAAACCCUUCUAUUUCCACGGAGUCAACAAACAUGAGGAUGCUGAUAUCAGAGGGAAGGGCCUGGACUGGCCCCUGAUUGUGAAGGAUUUUAACCUGUUGAAGUGGCUGGGGGCCAACUCGUUCAGGACCAGUCACUACCCGUACGCUGAGGAGAUCCUGCAGAUGGCAGACCGCCAUGGCAUUGUGGUCAUUGACGAGUGUCCCGGGGUGGGCAUCGCAGACAUGUAAGUCAAAUCAAAUUGU